AGCCGUCGUGUGGUUUCUGCUUCUUCUCUGGGCGCACAGCAGUGGCAGGCUCGUUGGACCUGGACAGCGCAUUUGCCACGCCUUGUGUGGCGCAGGUUUUUCCCCAGUCUUACUCGGCGUCGAAUACGGACUUGACUCUGUCUACCACUUCAACAGCGCCAUGACGUCGCGUUACAGCUUCAGUUUGACGACCUUUAGCCCUUCGGGCAAGUUGGUGCAGAUUGAGUAUGCAUUGCAGGCCGUGGCUUCGGGCAACACAUCACUCGGCAUUAAAGCCAUUGAUGGCGCCGUCAUUGCCACCGAGAAGAAGACCCCAUCACACCUUGUCGACUCGGAGAGUUUCUUCAAGGUUGAGAAGUUGACCGAGACUGCUGGCAUGGUUUACAGUGGCAUGGGCCCGGACAAACGGGUGCUUCUGGCCAAGGCCCGCAAGCUUGCCCAGGCCUACUUUUUGACAUACCGCGAGCACAUUCCCGUGCGCCGUCUCGUGCAGCAAAUUGCCCAAGUCAUGCAAGAGUACACUCAAAAGGGUGGCGUGCGUCCCUUUGGCGUCUCCCUCCUGGUGAUUGGCCUGAAUCCUGAUGGCAAAACCACGGGCCUGUACCAAAUUGACCCCUCGGGCUCUUACUUUGCCUGGAAGGCGGCUGCCAUCGGCAAGAACAUGGUCAAUGCCAAAACCUUUUUGGAGAAGCGUUACAACGAGGAGCUCGAGCUGGAAGAUGCCGUGCACACGGCCAUCCUAACUCUCAAGGAAGGCUUUGAGGGUGUCAUGACAGAGACCAACAUUGAGAUUGGCAUCGUGAACAAGGACGGCUUCCGCCGCCUCGAGCCAACCGAGGUCAAGGACUAUCUGGCCGCCAUUGCUGCAUAAGGCUAUUUUUUCUCUGCUGUGUGUUUGAGACCUCUUGCUUGUCCAAGACAAGACUGUGUUUCCCUGUCUCCGUCAUGCCUUUCUCCCCUUAUCAGUCCUAAGCCUUGCUUGUCGUUCUGCCAGCCUGGAGUUUUUGACCCUAACCGCCCUUGGCAGUUGCAUCUUGGCUUGGGUCAUGUUGUUGCUACUUGUCCAUCUCUCUCUCUACGACAAUUUAGAGACAUUUGUCC